CGUAUAAACAAGUCGAAGCUUGUGUUUACAGCAAAAGACGACAGUGUUCUAACGAAUGGCCUCAUAUCGCCCAGUAAGAGUGUUUGCUGAGAUGCAGAAUCGCCCUGUGGAGAAAUCACCUCACAAGAUAAUACAAUUUGAUGACAACAGGGCGGCAUGUGACGCUGUGUCACCAGGGGACCGGCAAAUUCGAGUAACUGCUGUGGGUGAAGUUUCUCAGCCCCCUGAUCUGAGUCGCUUCACAGUGCGAGUCACCAGCAAGAAGGACAACCCCCAGGAUGCCAAGAACAGCGUGGCCCGGCGCCUCGACUACAUUGUGCAGACCCUACAGAACCACGGAAUUAAGGAGCAGGACCUACACAUCCACAAACACCUGUCCAGGAGUGACUCACUGUAUGUGAUGGAGACAGAGGUCGGGGUAAAGUUUGGAGACAUCAAGAAGAGUGAGAGCGUCGGCAACCUGCUGGUGGAGAAGCUUGAUGAUACAGUCACAGUCUCCUUGCCUGAGUUCUUCCACACGAAUCAGAGCCUAGAGAGUCUCAGGAAACAAGCCAGUCUGGUAGCCAUCCACAACGCAAAACAAAAGGCACAGGAAAUGGCCCGCUUUGUCCAUCUGUCUGUGGGUCGACCUGUGUACAUCAUGGAGGAGGACAACCAGGAGAUAGAAGGACACACAGACACAAACUCCGACUCAGUAACCAUGACAACAAUCCAGGAACGUAAUCUCAAAUGCAACAAUAACUGUACGCAGUCGUGUGUCAGCAUCGUUUGAACUCAAACCAAAAGUAAAGAAAGUUCUGAGAUAGCUUCUUCAAUUGGUCUACCAACUAUUUAUGUGAAAAAUGACUGUGAUACUGUAUUCUGUAAGAGUAUUCUGACCUUGUACACCAGGUACAAUGGUUGCUUUAUGAGCAGCCUAGAGAUGUGUUAUGCAUUACCAAGGCUCUUGUUACAUGGGUGGGAAGCAGAUGUGGACUGAAGGGUUAGAACUGACCAGGCAUAACAUAUAUAUUGGUUGUGUGAUGAAAUAGGGACUUGAACUGCACAAGGGUCAUAACUGCUGUUAUACAGGAAUUGUUGUACAGAAAAUGGCACUCAUUUGUACUGUUCUUCAUCCAAGCAUCACAGUCUUGUUUAAACAGUGUACAUAGUACACUGAAUCAGUAACUAAGAUGUAUUGUGUAAUUUGCUUGUUACAGCUUGCAAUGUCUGUUUAAUCACCUUCAGUUUCACAAAUUUGUAUCAGUUUGCUGCAACUUGUUCAUCCGUCCUUUAGUAAUUCUACAUGCUGCUGCAACAAUAAUGAAUGAUAAGUAUUUUGUAUGUGUAUUUACAGUGUAUAUGUAUGUAGCAUUAAAGGCGUUGGGAGUA